UCGAUACAACAUUAAGUUAUUUCGUUUAUUUACUAUUUUUCAUUUUUUGGUAAUCAAAAUAAAAUGAUUGCUCAAUUAUUAUUUUAUUUAACAUUAACGAGUUUUGUUUUUAUAAGUGGACAAGUUUCUGAAACAAUAAUAAAUUUAUCGCGAAGAAAAAAUAAAACAAAUACAAGACCAAAUAUUAUUAUGAUCAUAGCUGAUGAUUUGGGAUGGAAUGAUGUGAGUUUUCAUGGAUCAAAUCAAAUACCAACGCCAAAUAUCGAUGCCCUUGGUUUUAAUGGUUUAAUUUUAAAUAAUCAUUAUGUAGCUCCACUAUGUACACCCAGUAGAUCUUCUCUUUUGACGGGAAAAUAUCCCAUUCAUACUGGAAUGCAGCAUAGUGUACUUUUAGAAUCUGAACCACGGGGACUUCCUCUCAGCGAAAAAUUACUUCCGCAGUAUUUACAAGAAGUUGGAUAUAAGACCCAUGCAAUUGGAAAAUGGCACCUGGGAUAUUAUCGUAAAGAGUAUACGCCAAUUUAUCGAGGAUUCGACACUCAUUUUGGCUAUUGGAAUGGCUUACAAGACUAUUAUACUCACAUUGUUCAAUCGACAGAGGAAAAAUAUCGAGGAUUUGAUAUGAGAAGAAAUAUGACUGUGGCUUGGGACACGGCUGGAAAAUAUUCCACCGAUUUAUUCACUGAAGAAGCAAUUCGUUUGAUUGAUAAACACGAUCAACGUGAUCCAAUGUUCAUGUAUCUGACUCAUUUGGCACCACAUACGGGAAAUCAAGAUAAUCUUUUACAAGCACCCGAGGAAGAAAUUGCUAAAUUUUCCUAUAUUAAAAAUCCCGAGAGAAGAAUAUAUGCAGCAAUGGUUUCGAAAUUGGACCAAAGUGUUGGAGAAGUUAUCGCAGCUUUGAAACGUCGUGGAAUGCUUGACAACAGUAUCAUUGUUUUCUUAGCGGACAAUGGAGCUCCAACAAUGGGAAUUUAUGCUAAUCGAGGCAGUAAUUAUCCAUUGCGUGGAAUAAAAGCAAGUCCUUGGGAGGGAGCUGUUCGUGGAGUUGCAGCAAUUUGGAGUCCUUUAAUCCUGAAUUCCAAAAGAGUCUCAAAUCAUUUGAUGCACAUUACCGAUUGGCUGCCAACAUUAUAUUCUGCUGCAGGUUGUGAUCCUGCAACUCUUGGUGAAAUUGAUGGUAAAAAUUUAUGGUUGACUCUCACUAUGGAAAAAAAUAAUCCACGCACUGAAAUUCUCAUUAAUAUUGACGAGAUUGAUAAUUAUUCAGCAAUUCGUCGUAAUGAUUUUAAAUAUUUAAUUGGUUCGGUGAAUAAUGGUGACUUUUGGUAUGGCGAAACUGGAAGGCCCAUGAAUUUUUCAAUUGAGGGUAUUUCACCGAAAUUCAAUCCACAGAACGUUCUUCAAAGUAAAGCAGGAAUUGCCAUUUCUCAACUCAAUUUAAGUUCAAUUCAUGAAAUUGAUGAGAAAAAUAUCUCGCAAAAAAGAAAUUAUAUUGAAAGCCAAGAGAGACUCACUUCAAGGGAAAUUUUACUUCUUCGACGUGAUGCUGAGUUGAUUUGUAACUUAAAAAAAGAAAUCAAUUGCAAUCCAAUUAAAGCGCCAUGUCUCUUUAAUAUCAAAGAUGAUCCCUGCGAGAGAGUAAAUCUCGCCAAGAUUCGUCCUGAUAUUUUAAAACAAUUGGAAACAUCAAUUUUAUUAUACAAAAAAACUUUGACGCCAGCCAGUAAUGUUAAAAAUGAUCCAAAAGCAAAUCCAAUUAAUUGGAAUGGAAUUUGGACCAAUUGGAAAGAUUGUCAUCCAAUUUUAAGCAAAUAAUUUAAUUUCCAUCCAAUUUCGUUAUUAUACGUUAAUAUAAAAUAAAUUGUAAUACAAAAAAAAUAUUACAAUAAAUGCCUAUAUGGCUCUUUAUUAAUAAUAAUAAUAAUAAUAAUCAACCAUUUUGGGAACUCUUAUUCUGUACAAAAUUUUGCAUGACUGAUAAACACGAUGACUGUCACAUGUUUAAGUAAAUUUUACAUGUAUACAAUAUCUAAAAAUAUAAUUUACUUAUUUAUUAUCAUUCAAUGAAAAAUCACGAUCUUAUGAAAGAAAAAAAAAUAAUUUUUCUUUUUCAUUUCUAUUUUUUAAAUAUAUUCACAUUAUUGAACGUGAUUUAACGUUGGUUUAUUAUUUUUUUAUUGAACAAUGCACUGCAUGAGAAAACGAUUUUAAAAGGUUAUGGCAGAGAAAAAAAAAAAAAAAAUGAUAUCAAAAAAAUAACCGAAAUGUACAAUUUAUCAUCAAGGCAACUCACAUAAAUACUUCACUUAUUAUACAAUAUUUUUUUUUUUAUA